GAGAGCACCACGCUCCCUCUCUCUCCUGAGGAGAGCACCACGCUUCAAGAAGCUGUGCAAUACGUUUAUUCUUCAUCAUGUUCUUCAGCAGAAGCACUUCCCUGCUGGUUGGAGCUGCAGAAACAUGGAAGCUCUGAUCCUGCUGCUGGUCCUUUUCUCCUCCCGCUACACAUCUUCUGCGUCCACCAUCUUUUAUUCCUCCACACAUGAACGCUCAAGCAUCGCCUACACCGCCACGAGUCCCUCCGUCACCUUCACUGACGAGCGACUAUCGGAAGCAGGAAGAACCCACAGGACCACUGGACAGGUGACAGCUUCAUACGUCCACAGUUUAACAACUGACCAAGCUUCAACAUCUGGGGACAGCAUCGCCAAACCAGAAACAGGGAUGAUGUUUAAGGCAGACUCCAGUCCUGAUGCCUCAGCUUCAGGCACUGAUUUGUCAGUUUUAAACAGCACCCGCAUUGUCUCCUCAAGUCCAGCGUUUGCGACAGACGUAGGGCAGAGUUCAUCAGCUAGAAAUCUUCUUCAGCUUUGGGCUGAAGCAGAGAAAACAUUGGAGCAUCAAGAAGUUUCCACCGCGAACGCCGUCUCUGUGGGGAAUAAUCCUGAACCUGAAGCUGCAGCUCAUACUCCAGUUCCCUCCACAGGUUCUUCAACAGGUUCCUCCCCAGUUUCCUCCAAAAGUUCCUCCACAUACUCUGACAACAAGGAUUCUCUGGUCACCUCCAAGGUUACCUCUGGAGGAAUCUCCGAUGUUACCAUAACCUUCCAGGUCACCUCCGAUGUUAUUGUUGCUUCAUCGGCAGCUUCUGACACCGAAUCAAACAAACACUAUGCAGCAAAUUCAACUCCACCUGCUUCCUCUGCCAUCACACGUCUUCCGAAGACUGCUCGCGUACCAACAUCCAUCUUGGAGACGCAUCCACCAUCCACCCCUCAAACUCUAUCCAUUUUCAAAACUUCUCUGGCAGUUCCUCUGUCGCAGGCAACGCUCUCUCCCGUUCACCUGGAAAUCUCAGCAAGCACCACUACUGAAGGUGCUCCUCCUACAUCCCGGAGGGGGAUCACCACCACAAGUCCAACAAACUCACCUGUGACCACCACCAGACCCACUACCACACUUAUAAAAGCCAAGAAACCCUCUACCACACCUGUUACCACCACCAAACCUGCUACCACACCUGUUACCACCACCAAACCCGCUACCACACCUGUAACCACCACCAAACCCUCUACCACACCUGUUACCACCACCAAACCUGCUACCACACCUGUUACCACCACCAAACCCGCUACCACACCUGUAACCACCACCAAACCUGCUACCACACCUGUAACCACCACCAAACCCGCUACCACACCUGUAACCACCACCUAUCCCACUAACACACCUGUAACCACCACCAAACCCGCUACCACACCUGUAACCACCACCAAACCUGCUACCACACCUGUAACCACCACCAAACCUGCUACCACACCUGUUACCACCACCAAACCCGCUACCACACCUGUAACCACCACCUAUCCCACUAACACACCUGUAACCACCACCAAACCCGCUACCACACCUGUAACCACCACCAAACCUGCUACCACACCUGUAACCACCACCAAACCUGCUACCACACCUGUAACCACCACCAAACCUGCUACCACACCAGUAACCACCACCAAACCUGCUACCACACCAGUAACCACCACCUAUCCCACUACCACACCAGUAACCACCAACUAUCCCACUACCACACCUGUAACCACCACCAAACCUGCUACCACACCAGUAACCACCACCAAACCUGCUACCACACCAGUAACCACCACCAAACCUGCUACCACACCAGUAACCACCACCAAACCUGCUACCACACCAGUAACCACCACCAAACCUGCUACCACACCAGUAACCACCACCAAACCUGCUACCACACCAGUAACCACCAACUAUCCCACUACCACACCUGUAACCACCACCAAACCUGCUACCACACCAGUAACCACCACCAAACCUGCUACCACACCAGUAACCACCACCUAUCCCACUACCACACCAGUAACCACCACCAAACCUGCUACCACACCAGUAACCACCACCAAACCUGCUACCACACCUGUAACCACCACCAAACCUGCUACCACACCAGUAACCACCACCUAUCCCACUACCACACCAGUAACUACCACCUAUCCCACUACCACACCAGUAACCACCAACUAUCCCACUACCACACCUGUAACCACCACCAAACCUGCUACCACACCUGUAACCACCACCAAACCUGCUACCACACCUGUAACCACCACCAAACCUGCUACCACACCAGUAACCACCACCAAACCUGCUACCACACCAGUAACCACCACCAAACCUGCUACCACACCUGUAACCACCACCAAACCUGCUACCACACCAGUAACCACCACCUAUCCCACUACCACACCAGUAACCACCACCUAUCCCACUACCACACCAGUAACCACCAACUAUCCCACUACCACAACUGUAACCACCACCAAACCCUCUACCACACCUGUAACCACCACCAAACCUGCUACCACACCAGUAACCACCACCUAUCCCACUACCACACCAGUAACCACCACCUAUCCCACUACCACACCUGUAACCACCACCUAUCCCAUUACCACACCAGUAACCACCACCAAACCCACUACCACACCUGUAACCACCACCAAACCCUCUACCACACCUGUAACCACCACCUAUCCCACUACCACACCAGUAACUACCACCUAUCCCACUACCACACCAGUAACCACCACCUAUCCCACUACCACACCUGUAACCACCACAAAACCCACUACCACACCUGUAACCACCACCAAACCUGCUACCACACCAGUAACCACCACCAAACCUGCUACCACACCUGUAACCACCAUCUAUCCCAUUACCACACCUGUAACCACCAUCUAUCCCAUUACCACACCUGUAACCACCACCAAACCCUCUACCACACCUGUAACCACCACCAAACCCUCUACCACACCUGUCACAGCCAUUCUACCACCCAGCACCAGUUCAGCGGCUUCAGCUCCAACCAGAGCUACCACAGCUUCUCCUCAGACUGCAACAACAUCUAAAACCAGGACGGCAGGGCUAACCACAGCUAUGUCCCGCUGCUUGGUGAAAUUCUUGAACAUCAGCUCGAGCUCCGGUUCUGUGUCAGUGUCGUUCAGCACCGCUGGACCCUCCUGUAGCUUCAGCCUGAUCACCGGGGAUCCCCGCCGACCCACUCCCUGCAACCCAGACCAGGGGGGAAUGGGCUUCACCUGCCGGGUCACAGGUCUGAGUCCCGGGACCCAGUACCGGGUAACUGUCAUCUCAGAGCAGGACGGAGAGCGGAGUAGCACGACGGUGCUCACAGCGCCUCUUCCUGUGCAGAAGCUCAUGGUCCGUCAUGCGGAUGAAGCCACGCUGAGCGUCCUGUGGAAUCCCCCACCUGGGGAGUGGGACAGCUUUGUUGUCGUAAUCCAACAGGCGGAACCCUCCUACCCUCUGAUGGACCCACCACUCCCUCAGGUGGACCCCAUCCUUCCUCAGAUGAACCCUCCUCUCCACCCUGAGGUAGCCCCUGCCCUCCCUCUGGUGGAGCCCGGCCCCAUGGAGGUUCGGAGGCUCCUCCCCCGGGAGGCCAGAGAGUUUACCUUUAGGACCCUGACCUCAGGACAGCUGUACACCGUCACUGUGACGACCAUCACUGGCAACCUGAGCAGUUCAGCCUCCGUCAGAGCAUACACCCGUCCGGCCCAAGUCUCGGAGCUGCAUCUCGGGGUUCAGAGCAGCACCGACAGCCUGCAGGCCAGGUGGCAGCGAGCCUCCGGAAAGCUGGACUCAUACCGUGUUCUGCUGGUCUGUGACAGCAGCAUCAUCAAGAACGAGAGUGUUGCUGCUGACGCCACCAGCAUCACCUUCCACCUCCUUAGACCUGGUGCCCUCUACAGGGCGGUGCUGACGACCGUCAGGGCCGGACUCAGCUCCAGGCAGACGGUCGCAGAGGGACGCACUGCCCCAGCUGCAGUGGGUGAGGUGACGGUCAGUAACAACGGCCGUCCGGACUUCCUCUCUGUGUCGUGGCGUGCUGCACCCGGCGACGUAGACGGUUACCUGGUGACGCUGAGCGACUCUGUGAGGACGGUCCACACUGUGUCCGUCUCCAAGUCCAGCAAUGAGUGUGUCUUCAGCUCGCUGGAGUCCGGACGCCUCUACAGCGUCAGCAUCGCGUCCCGCAGCGGCAACAAGUACAACAGCACUCGCGUCCAGGAGAGGACCCAGCCGUCCCCGGUCCAGAACCCGACUGCAACCCACGCUGCCCGUGAUGACUACCUGAAAGUUUACUGGCGACCCGCGGUGGGGGAUUUGGACCGGUACCAGGUCUUCAUCAAACACAACAACAUGUUCCUUCAGAACCAGACAGUGCUGAAGAACCAGAACCAGUGUGUGUUUACCGGCCUGGAGCCCGGCAGGCUGUACACUGUUCUGGUGCAAAUGGAUGGGAAGUACCAGACCAGCACUUCCACCCACGGCCGGACCUUCCCGGCUGCGGUUCGCUCCCUGGUUCUGGUCAGUCAGGGCACCGAGGACCUGCGGGUCUCCUGGUCCGCAGCGCUGGGGGACGUGGACCAUUACGAGGUGCAGCUACUCUUCAACGACAUGAAGGUGUUCCCUCCCGUGACGCUGGGCAGCAGCGUGGGGGAGGUCCUGCUGUCCUCGCUCACCCCGGGACGCCUGUACAAGAUCCUGGUGUCCACCUUCAGCGGCCCCAACCAGAGGGCCCGCUUCAUCGAGGGCCGCACAGUUCCCAGCAGAGUGAAGAACAUCCAGGUGAGCCACAGCGGGGAUGGCAGCAGUCUACAAGUGAGCUGGACGGCGGGGCAGGGCGAUGUGGACAGUUUCACCGUGUUCCUGCACCGCGGGGAACGGCAGCUGGACGUCCGCUCCAUCCUCAAACAGCAACACCAGCUGACGUUUGGCUCGCUGCAGCCAGGACAGAAAUACAGCCUGACAGUGCAGAGUGUGAGCGGAGACCUGGUCAACAACUGCAGCGCCGCCGGGCGCACAGUGCCGGCUGCGGUGAUGGGGCUGCAAGUGGAGGCGCUUUCCCCCCCCCGCAGCCUGCAGGUGAGCUGGCAGGAAGCUCUCGGCGUUUCGGAUGGCUACAUCCUGCAGCUCCAGGACGAGAGAGGCUGUCUGCUGGCCAACUCCUCUCAGCCCUCUGGACGCACCCAGAUCAGUUUCGACAGUCUCAUUCCGGGAAAGAAGUACCGGGUCCUGGUGCAGACCACCAGCGGGGGGGUGCACAGCCCAGGGGUCAGUGCCGAGACUCGCACACGCCCUGCAGCCGUCACCGAUCUGUCCAUCAGCGCCAACACCACCACCGGCCUGGCCUUUCUCUGGUCUCCGCCUGACGGCGAGUUCGACGGGUACGAGAUCUUUCUAUAUAAACGUAACGAGUCGAUCCAGGAGAGCCGAGAGGCACCCUCCAGCCUCCAGCAGGUCUCAUUCCAGGGGCUCAGACCUGGAGCCUCGUACCGGCUAGUGGUGGUGACCCACAGCGGAGCGCAAAGUAACCAAUCAGAUGUGUGGGCACGAACAGUCCCAGCAGCUGUAGCGUCCCUGCUGGUCCACACUGGGAACCAGUCCCUGAGGCUGAGCUGGGUUCGGGGGGGUGGAGAUCUGAGUGGGUACCUGGUGGCUCUGAUUGGCUCCCGCGGGGCUCGGCGAACGGAGCAUCUUGGCCCUGACACCACAAAGUUCAUCUUCUCAGGCCUCAGGCCGGGCCGUCUGUACCAGGUGGAGCUGCUAAGCCUGAGCGGAGAACUCAGCAACCGAGCCUGCAGCGAGGGGAGAACGGCUCCAACGCCGCCUACCUCCUUCCUGUUUGGGGGGGUCACUAACACCUCUCUGGAGAUCACCUGGGUCGCCCCCCUCGACUGUGACUACGAUGACUUCGACCUGCAAUGGACGCCUCAGGACCGGCUGUCCGUCACAGACCCAUACAGAAGCCCCGCCUCCAGGAGCCGCAUCCUGCAGGGCCUGUUUCCAGGGCGACGCUACAGCUUCAGCCUGCGCACAGUCAGCGGGGGGGCCGGGGCGGCCGCAUACAGCUCCCCCAUCCACAACAGCAUCCGGACCAGGCCGGGGGGGGUGCAGGGCCUGCACUGCCGCCCUCAGAGCUCCACCUCCAUCUCCUGCUCCUGGACCCCCCCGCAGGCCGACUACGACUCAUACAGCAUUGAGUGUUUGGACUCACGGGUCAUGGUUUACUCCCGGCGCACCGGCAGCGACGCCAUGGCUUACGUCAUCGAACAGCUGCAGCCGCACCGCCGCUACGACGUCUGCGUGAAGACCAUCUCCGACCAGAGCACCAGCGAGGAGGCGCGGGACAGCGUGGUCACCAUGAUUGACAGUCCUCCUUUGCCCCCCCCCAGUACCAGAAUCAGUGUUUACUCUGCUGUCGUCACAGAGUCCUCGAUCCUCUUCAGGGUGAACUGCAGCUGGUUCAGCGACUCUAACGGGGCCGUCAGGUUCUUCACUGUGGUGGUGGCCGAGUCUCAGGGUGAUGAAGAGGAGCAGCCUCAGCAGCAGCAUCCUCUUCCUUCAUACCGGGAUUACCAAUCCAACAGCUCCAUAAGGAGCUUUCAGACCGGCUUCUUCCCUAGCAGCUGCAGCGACAGCAAACACCACAGCUUCCAGUUGUUUCUGGGGACGGGGGCGCUUCCUCUGGGCGGCCCCUGCCAGUACAUAGACCCCGCACUAUCAGAGAGCAUCCCCGGCCAGUUCUGUGAUGGGCCCCUGAAACCCAGAACUGCAUACAGGCUCAGCAUCCGAGCGUUCACUCAGCUGUUUGAUGACCAGCAGAGAGCCUCUCCUCUGUACAGCGACACCUACUUGUCACUGCCCGUCGUCACCGAGGCCGAGCCUCUGAACGGCGUGAUAGAGGGCGUCAGUGCCGGCAUGUUCCUCAUCGUUAUGAUGGUGGGGAUCACCGCUCUGCUGGUUUGCAGACAAAAGACUCGCAAAGUAGUUCAGGAGAGAACGGUGGUCAGGAUGAGUGAGAGGAGGGAGGGACUGACAGCAGGCCUCCAUCAGCAAGUCAGAGGUCCCAUAAAGGUCCUGAGCUUUGAGAGCCACUUUAAUAAGCUGCAGGCCGACUCCAACUACCUGCUGUCAGAGGAAUACGAGGACUUGAAGGACAUCGGCCGUAAUCAGAUCUUCGAUUCAGCUCUGCUGCCGGAGAACCGCGGGAAGAACCGGUACAACAAUAUCCACCCCUAUGACUCCACCCGGGUGAAGCUGUCCUGUGUCGACGAUGAUCCGAGUUCUGACUACAUCAACGCCAGCUACAUGCCGGGUAAUAACUCUCGGCGGGAGUAUGUGGCGGCUCAGGGGCCGUUGCCGGGGACGAAGGAUGACUUCUGGAAGAUGGUGUGGGAACAAAACGUGACCAACAUGGUGAUGGUCACGCAGUGUGUGGAGAAGGGCCGGGUGAAGUGUGAUCACUACUGGCCCCUGGACCACGAGCCGCUGUAUUACGGGGAUCUGAUCGUCAGGAUGCUGUCAGAGUCCGUGCUGCCGGAGUGGACCAUCAGGGAGUUCAACAUGUGCAGCGAGGAUCAGGUCUCGCGGCUGGUCCGUCAAUUCCAUUACACCGUGUGGCCCGAUCAUGGUGUCCCAGAAACCACACAAUCCCUGAUCCAGUUUGUCCGUACCGUGCGGGAUUACGUGAACCGAAGUCCUGGAUCAGGACCCACCGUGGUCCACUGCAGUGCUGGUGUGGGCCGUACAGGGACCUUCAUGGUUCUGGAUCAGGUUCUGCAGCAGCUGGAAUGCAGAGACUCUGUGGACCUGUUCGGCUCUGUGCUGCAGCUGAGGCUGCACCGCUGUCAUAUGGUGCAGACCGAGGGUCAGUAUCUGUACCUCCAUCAGUGUAUCCGUGACGUUCUCAGAGCCAGGAAGCUCCGCUGUGACCAGGAGAACCUCCAUCCACUCUGUGAACAUUUGAACUACAACUCCCAAAGAGAGACGCUGUUCAGCAGACGCUAACCUCUCCACCCGAAACACCACUUUAUUUUUUUAUCAAAGUUUAUAUUUCAGAAACUUUAUUUAUGUACCAUGCAGAUAAUGUACGGUACAUAUGCUUCAUUUCCAUGUGAAAUGAUAUAUAUAUAUACUUCUUCUCUUUUAAAUUAUGUGUCUGAGCUUUUACAGCUUUAUUUUACAUUGCUGUCUGAACUCUGUGAUGCUACAGUUUCCUGUUCAUAAGAAUUUGAAAUAUAUAUAAAUAACUACAUUUCAUCAGGAUAAAGGUCACAUUAUAUUGUGUAUGUAACCAUUCAUUUCAAGUGUGCAUGAUGUAUUUUGAACAUCCUGAACAGUAAUUAAACACCACAGAAGUAAAA